GAUCAAUCACCAAUCUUUUUUAAUUAAUAUCUAGACUAUUAUUGCGAAUAUCGCAAAACGGCACAGAACUUUCUUGCUCACCUCAAUCCAUUUUACGUUCUCACAAAGGGCCAUCUGGAGGUCUGAGACAUCCCGUAUAUCCAUACAAAUUCACAAAACGACAAAAAUCAAGAUACUGAUUGGAUAAAUCGUCAAUCUAACGAUAUCACAUUUAUGUCGUUUGCUAAUCCGUGCAUUCACGCGCGUGUCAGCAGAUAUAGUACGCAGUGGUACACGGCACCGUUGUGGAUGCAGAAAUCGUUACUGUUCAUAAUGCAAAGAAGUAGCAGAAAGAGCGUGUUAAUAGCUGGAGGUUUAUUCCAGGCGUCGUUAGAAGGUUUCACUAUGCUCAUAAGCAUGUCCAUAUCCUACGUCAUGCUUCUCCUCUCGGUGAGGGCGCAAUAGAGAAAACCGCAAGGAGAAUUAUAGACACGUUUAACCAGCUGGAUAAGCAUAAUCGGAAUAGGUGCGUGCGGCACAUGUUACGUAUUACCUCUCU